AUGGCUCUACGCUCGGCAUCGGGCAAGUUUGGCCUUCCCUCGUUCGGACGCCGGCGAGGAUCCGACUCGCAGCCCCAGAGCCGCAUCGUUAGUGGCGCUGCACCGACCAGCGGCGACGAGAGCCUCGCGUCCCCCACGGCCGGCAACUCCAACUUUGCCCCGACACACGCCCACACGCACAGCGGCGGCGGCGGUAGCGGAACCCUCGGCGGUAUCGGCAACAAGCUGGGCAAGAAGGUCGCCCACACGUCGCUCCUGCCCGCGCUCGGUAACCAGGACCUGAGAGCACUCCAAGAUGUCAUUAGUAGUGAAAAGGACGUGCUGAAGGCAUCCGAGAAGAUGGCGCAGGAGACGGCGUCGGCCGCAAGCAAGCUCGCACCAUAUGGGCAGUCGGAGGGCCCGGACCUGCAGGAUGUGCUGACGCACUCGGCGUCGCUCCUGACGCGGCUCAGCGACGCUUAUCGCACGUUUGCACAGCACGAGGCCAACCUCCGCGUGUGCUUCAAGCGCAUCCGCGAGCGCGAGGAGAACCUCGACCAGAAGCGCCGCCAGCGCCGCCAGCUGACGCACAAGGCGGAGCAGGCCGAGCGCAAGCUUUCCAAGAUGGGCGCGGAGAACAAGCAGCUCCUCCAACAGACGGAGCUGCUCGAGAGCCUGCGCAAGGAUAUGCGCGACAUUGAUGCCGACAUUGUCGUCGAGGAAAGCAAGCUUGGAGACUUCAAGAGGCAAAUGGUCAAGGAAGCCAUGUCGUACAAGUUUGGCGGCCUCGAGGAGCUCGGCGAGAAGAUGUGCAUCGUUGGCGAGCUGGGCAAGCUGCUGCUUGAGGAGAUUCCGCUCGAAGAGACGCCGCCUGGUUACGGACGGGCGCCGUACGAGGGAUACGAGCGGACCGACAAGACGGAGAAGGAGGCGCUCCGCUGUCUGUCGCAGGUGCAGUUCCACGCUGCGUCUGCGGCGCCGAAGCCGCCUGGAUUGCCCGGCAUCCACAACUCGCCCCUGACCGCAGCCGCCGCCGGCAACGGCCCCGUGCCGGAGGCGUCCAUCGCCCAGCGCGAGGAGUACGGCGACUACGUCCCUGGUACGGGUGCUAGCAGCCCCCGCGCCAGCAGCCCGCCGCGCAUCCCCGCCAUUUCGGGCUUGGACGACCGCCGUCCCAGCGAGCAGGACGAGUACGGCGCAACGCACACGGCCCCCACGGGUACGGUGUGGCAGGGUCCCUCGGACGACGCUCUCGAGCACUCGUACGAGUACGAGCAGCAGCGGCAGAUGGAUGCGGCUGCGGCGCAGGACUCGCAGGCGAACUCGCAGGUGUCGUCGUCGGUGCCGCAGAUUGCGCCGACGCCGUACGGCGCGCCCAUCGCCGAGCGCUUCGCGACGACGACGCUCGACUCGCCCCCCGAGCCCGCCGAGGAGAAGGUGGACGCGCCGAAGGCGACUCCCGGGUGGGAGCCGCUUCGUGUCUCGAACCGCGACUCGACCGGCGCCUCGCUCCAGGACCAGCCCCGGUACUCGCUCCACGACGGUCCGCGCUACUCGCUGCAUGACGGCCCCGUGCCGCGCGCCGAGGAGGAGUCCGAGCCUGUCCAGCCUGCUUACCAGGAGCAGGCUGAUCCGUAUCUCGCCGCUCCGGCGCAGGGUGGUCGCCCCGUCACUGCUGACGGAUACUACACACCUGAUAACGACAGCGUCGUCGCGAUCCCCGCCGAGAUCCCCUCGCCGACUCAGCGUGCGCACCCCAGCAUCCCGCCAUCGACCUCGGCUGAGGGACUCGCCUACGACGACGAGCCGGUCGUCACGAUUCCCGACCAGCCCGCGUCGCCCUCUACGCGCCGUCUUCCCGACCCGCCGACGCAGCCGUCGCAGUACACCUCGACGCAGAUCGACACACUGGGACAGUACGAAGCCUCGGGGUUCAACUACCAGUCCGCUCCCGUGCCGGGUGACGUGCCCGUCGUCGUGAUCCACGACAAGCCGUCGGCGGGAGGGUACCGCCCACCAGCAUCUCCGCCGCGGUCGCGCGUCGCCUCUCCCGAUGCGCGCGACUACGCCCUUAACCAGGCGCUGGACAGCUACUACGCCCCGGGCUCGAACGUGACGACGCCAGUGGACGAGAAGCGCUCGAGCUUCACCCCCGCCACGCCCGCUAGCAACGGCGUCAUCUCGGCGGCAGCCUUCCGCCGUGGCGCCAAGCAGCGUCCCAGCUUCAACGAGGAGGACAAGCCGAACGUCCCCGACAGCCCGCCGCCGGGGUACCACUAA